GUUCACGCCAACAAUGCCAACGUUGAGCGGGCGUUUGCGUCAAUCCGUUCAGGUGGAAGUGUUCCGCGAGUACUGUGCCAACAGCUCCAUCCACGGUGUACGAUACUUCGAUCGUGAUGAACGAACGACCUGUGAAAGAUUCUGGUGGCUAGUGGUGUUUCUGCUCUCUAUGUUGGGUUGUGGCGUGAUGAUAUACAAGACGUACGUGAAAUGGAACCAAACUCCAAUCAUUGUUACUUUUUCGGAGAAAACCACUCCGGUGAGGGACAUUUACUUCCCAGCCAUAACAAUCUGUCCCGAGACAAAGGUACACGCAAGGACGCUUAACUUCACUGCUGAAAUCGAAGCAUUGUUGAAGGAUUACAAUGACAACAACGCAACAUCUGACCAGGAAUCCAUUGAACAACUGAAAGCCGUCGCUCAGCUGUGCAACAUGAUGUUUCACUCCAAUUAUGAAUUUUUGCAGUACCUAAACGGUACCAAGGACGACGUUGUUGGCAUGUUGAAGAACCUGUCUUUAUCACACCAUGAUACGAUCCAGGGAUGUGUGUAUAGCAACCAGUUCAUACUUUGUGACGAUCAUUUGGCAACAACGCUCACCGAGGAGGGUUUGUGUUAUACCUUCAACAUGAUGCCGGAAGAGGACAUCUUUCGCCAAACCUCACUCCACACGGAGUACACGUACACAGAGAUGUGGUACCCUGUCCCGGGACAUGAAACAGUAACAGAACCAAUGUAUGCACGUGGCGCAGGAUUGCAUGCCGGGCUUACAUUGUUCCUGCGACAAAUCAAGGAAGAUGUGGACUACAUGUGUACGGGAUUCUCGCAAGGGUACAAGCUUAUGAUUCAUGACCCAGGCGAGUACCCGCAGGUGUCGAUGCGCAACAUGCGCAUACCCUUUGGUCACGAGAUCUCGAUAGCACUCAAGCCGCAAAUGAUCGUUACCUCUCCAUCGGCCGCUGACUAUAGCUGGGAGAAGCGUCAGUGCUUCUUCAAUCACGAGCGUCACCUUCGAUACUUUAAGAUCUACAACCAGGAAAACUGCGAACUUGAAUGCUUGACCAACGUGACGCAGGCAAUAUGUGGGUGUGUUCGUUUUUCAAUGCCACGAUCAAACGACACGAAAGUUUGUCCAUUAUCGAUGUUUCGAUGCAUGUAUGAUGUCAAAUGGAUUGUGUAUGACAUUGACGAUCCUGAACGACCCGUCAACGAAAAGAUCACGGCAAUGGUCGACAGAUGCAACUGCUUGCCAGCAUGCAGCUCAAUAUCUUACGACGUGGAAACUACGCAAACCACACUGGAUCUGGAAAAGUUUCUGCGCGUAAACCGUCGUAGAUAUUAUAGACCGGACAAGUUUUACAUCACAACGAUAGCGAUCUACUUCAAGGAGUCGUACUUCAUCACCUCCAAGCGAUCGGAGCUGUACGGAUGGGUAGACUUUCUGGCAAAUUGUGGUGGACUGCUAGGCCUCUUCAUGGGUGUAAGCAUAUUGAGUCUAUUGGAGUUAUGUUACUACAUUACGAUUCGACCAUUUUCGGUGAGAAAGAGAUUAGGUAGGUUAGAUCAGCGCAAAGCAAAUGAAGUCCACAAUUCAUUGCUUGCCGUUGUUACUAAAACUGAAUAGCUAGGGAACAGCUUGAAUUCAAUAUUUUCAGCAUACGAUAAGUUAAGGAGAGUUUAUGCAUUUACUUAUCGACCUUGCAUUUAUAUACAUAAUGCAGUGCAAUGUUGUAGCUACAGAGUUAACAUGGUUAACUAGUCCAAUAAGAACUGUCCACAUGUUUAUAAUAAUCUUAAUCUAUCUU